AUGUCUAAACUGGACUUAGUGAUCUUUGGAGCUACAGGCUUCACUGGAAAACAUGCGGUGGAACAUCUCGCCCGCGGCAUGAAGGAGUUUGCUGAUGGCUCUGUCACCUGGGGUGUUGCAGGCCGGUCAAAAAGCAAACUGGAACAAAUUUUACAAGAAGUGUCUAAGAAAACUGAUGCGAACCUGACUAAUGUGAAAAUAAUAAUCGCUGAUUGUGGCGACUACAACUCUCUGAAGGAGAUGUGUGCUCAGGCCCGCGUGGUGGUCAACUGCUGCGGCCCGUACUGGCUGUACGGGGAGCCCGUGGUGAAAGCCGCAAUAGAGAGCGGCGCACAUCAUGUGGAUGUCAGCGGGGAGCCUCAUUUCAUAGAAAGGAUGCAAAUUGAAUACGACAAAAAAGCACGUGACGCCGGCGUGUACGUAGUGAGCGCAUGCGGUUUCGACAGCGUCCCGAAUGACAUGGGCGUAGUAUUUCUUGAGAAAAACUUUGAAGGAACAGUGAAUUCAGUGGAGUCCUAUAUGAGCUCGGAGUUACCACCAGAGUACUCUAAAGAUGUGCGCGAACGAGGUGUCAUCAACUAUGGAACUUGGGAAUCAGCGGUCUGCGGUUUGUCUCGCUGGAAUGAAUUAGGAGCUCUACGAAAGAAAUUGUAUCCAGAGCGCAUGCCCACUUUCAAGCCAAAAUUGCAACAUAGGUCUUUCAUCCAUAAAUACAAGAACGGUUGGUGUAUACCGUUCAUGGGAGCUGAUAAUUCCAUAGUGUAUCGCACUCAACGUACGCUAUAUGAGAGAGAGAAGAAGCGGCCCAUACAGUUCAGGGCUUACGUUCACUUAACGAGCUUGCUGUAUGUAUUCCUUCUCGUGCUGAUGGGUUCGGUACUGUUCCUGAUGACAAAAACCAAGUUCACCAGACAGCUGCUUUUGAACCAUCCGAGGAUAUUCUCAUUGGGAUUCGUCAGUAAACAAGGGCCAAAGGACGUGGUCCGCAAGAACACACGUUUCAAUGUAGAGCUGGUGGGGCGCGGGUGGGCGCCAGGAGCUGACGUGGAAUCCACAACUCCUGACCGCACACUCGUCGCCAAGGUAUCAGGCUUAGAUCCUGGCUAUGGAUUUACUACGACAGCACUCCUGAUGUGUGCGCACACGAUCUUGACGGAAAAACACUUGUUGCCGGAAUCCGGUGGAGUUCUAACUACUGGAACAGCUUUCGCCAAAACCAAUCUUAUAAAGAAACUACAAGAGAACAACACCACCUUCGAAAUCAUGGACAUGAAACAUUAA